AUGGCAGCACCAGCUCCUUUCUAUGACACGGCCAUUGGUCGACAAAAGUACAAUGAAGCCACAGGGCCCAAGAUCCGACCUGGUGGUUGGCCCAUGACUUUUGAGUUCAUCCAUGUCGUCCUCCUUGAUAAUCCACCACCUCUUUGUCGAACCUGUUGGAUCCAUCACCCGGUAACUGAGGACCAUUACCGACAUUGGGUCGACCCCAUACCACCGGAAGAGAUCGAGAUGCGUCGGGCCUGGUGGGAAGAGAACUUGGAAAAGCUGGGUGUCACGACAUUAAGCAUGGUCAAGUCAAUCCAUGGGCAACACAGGAAAAGGGUCUUUUACGAUCUUGUCUGUACCCCCACCGACGACAAGGACCCGGAGGUCAAAACAAAUGGCCGAUAUCAUUUCUCCACCCAAACACCCUACCGUCUCGGCCUAUUUCCCAAUCCUUUCCUCAGUCUUGAGGCCCUCGCUGCUCAGACUCAACCCCAGGAUCUAAAUUAUCUCAAAGAAAGGGCAAAGGAUUGGAGCCGCCGACAUGUACAGGCCCAGAAAGUACAGCCAGUACCCACAAGCCUCAACAACAAUGACGAAGAGAUCCAGCAAUUGAAAACUCGGAUCGAUCAGCUGUCGCUUGUGGAGAAGGGUGCCACAGCUAGUUUGAAGGAGAACAACGAGCUCAAGCUCAAGAACGGUGACCUUCAGAAAGAAGUCGAGGAUCAGAAGACUUCGAUCGACAAUAGCAAUAUCAGGCUGCAGAACCUGGAGCGAGAGCAAGUGCCCGCACCGCUUUACAAGGCACACAGCUUGACUGAUGCUUGUGUCUCUAGGAAAACUUCUCUUGACGAUCAACUCAAGCAAGCACGGGAGGCCGCCGACAAACAAACCGAGGAUCUUGUCACAAAGGAACGACGUAUCAAGGCGUUGCAAGAAGAACGGCUCGAGCAAAAGUCCUUGCUUGAUAAAGCAAAAGAGGACAAGACGAUUCUGGAAGGACUCCAAAAGCAGCUCUCGACGCAGGGCAAUCAUCUAGCCACGAUUGGCCGUCUCCAAGGACAGAUUAAGACCCUCGAAAGCGACGCCAAACGCAACCAAGACCGCAUUCAAACCCUCGAAACGGACCUUGCCAAUGCCUCGGAUGAUUCGUCGGAAAAGGACUCGAGCCAAGAUGACUUGGAGCGUAUCAGCCAGCUUGAGACUGAGCUGCAGGGCUGCAAGGAUGAAUUUCAAAAGCUGCAAAGGGAGCAUGAUGUCCUGCGAAAAGGAUUUACACAACUCGAUGACAAGCUCGACGACAGAGACAAAGAGAUUAUAGACCUCCAGGCCGAGAUUGCAGAGCUAAAACAACUCCCGGAAACCUACGAUGACAGCGAGCAACUCAGGAACAUGAGGGCAAGUCGUGAUCACUACAAGCGAAAAGUGGAGGCACUGCAGAAGGCCACCAUCUCUCCUCGAGCCAAAGAUGUGCCUCUCCCUCCAGCCGAUCACGUGGCUAUUUGGGACCAGGAGCCUCCCUACGAGGAACUCCCUGCUCGCCUGAUGGAGAUCAUGGGGGACAUCUCACGAAAGCAAAUCACGGUCCUGCUUCUCGACAGGCUCGCUUGGUUUGCGGCACAGGAUGAGGAUAUCCUCGAUUCACACAACAACGUGAUGCCCGUCAACGAUAUCGGGAACGCUGCGUUGAGUUAUAUACCUGCCACCUCUUACGACCUCCAUGCUCCUGCUUGGAGGUUGGCGUCAGCGAUUACCAAUCGCAAAGACCGCCUUCUCCGCUAG